CCGGGUUCGUCAUUGGUAAUUCACGUGUACUGCGUUUCCAAACGCAUUUUUCUGCCGUUUCCUAAACAAUCCGACGUUCUUUUACCACAAUGGACGGCCAGAAGUUAGUCGAGGUGUUGCAGCAGACCAUCCAUCCCGAUACCCGGGAAAGGGCCGAACAAGAGCUCAAUCAGGUUCAUAAAAUAAUAGGAUUUGCACCGACACUACUGCAAGUUGUGAUGAGUGAUCAGUUGGAAAUGCCAAUCAAACAAGCAGGUGUGAUUUAUUUGAAGAAUAUGGUUGCACAAUAUUGGAGUGAACGAGAAGCAGAAAACGUUGGUGACCCUGUGCCUUUUAGUAUACAUGAACACGACAGAGCUGCAAUCAGGGAGCACCUGAUAGAAGCCUUGAUCACAGCACCGGAAUUGAUCAGAGUACAGCUCGCUGUCUGUUUAUAUCAGAUCAUUAAAGCAGAUUUUCCAGGGCGAUGGACUGGCAUUGUCGAUAAGGUGGUACACUAUUUACAUGCGGACAACACCAGUGCUUGGUUUGGUACACUGGUAGCUAUAUAUCAGUUGGUAAAAAACUACGAAUAUCGAAAACCAGAGGAGCGAGCUCCAUUACAUGCUGCAAUGCAGCUUAUUUUACCCCUAAUUCAUCAGCGAUGUCAACAACUGUUACCUGAUGCAUCAGAACCAUCAGUUCUUAUGCAGAAACAAAUUUUAAAAAUCUUCUUCGCACUCAUACAGUACAAUUUGCCGUUGGAUCUAAUUACACGGGAGACGUUUACCAAUUGGAUGAAAGUUAUAAAAGUUAUCCUGGAUAGGCCAGUCCCGGAAGAAACCCAGCAGGUUGAUGUAGAUGAUCGACCAGAGCUGGUUUGGUGGAAGUGUAAAAAAUGGGCCAUGCAUGUUAUCGCAAGAGUUUUUGAGAGGUACGGAAGUCCUGGCAAUGUUACUAAAGAAUACAAUCAAUUUGCCGAGUGGUACAUCAAGGUGUUUUCCAAUGAAAUUUUACAUGUUUUAUGUAGAUAUUUGGAUCAAUACAGAAAAGGGAUCUAUGUGUCACCUCGUGUUCUCCAACAAACAUUGAACUAUAUUAACACUGGUGUGACGCAUGCUGUAUCAUGGAAAGUUCUUAAACCACAUGUGGAAGUGAUGAUAAAAGAAAUAGUCUUCCCUUUAAUGUGCUACACCGAUGAGGACGAAGAGUUGUGGAAUGAUGAUCCAUACGAAUAUAUUAGGUCGAAAUUUGAUGUCUUUGAAGAUUUCAUCUCGCCGGUGAUGGCAGCGCAAACCCUUUUACACACGAUUGUGAAAAGUCGGAAACAGAUGCUGGAGAUGUCAAUGGGAUUCUGCAGAGAUAUACUGACAACUAAAGACGUGGAUCCUAGGAAAAAAGACGGUGCCCUCCAUAUGAUUGGUACAUUAGCUGAUAUUUUACUCAAGAAAAAAAAGUACAAACCUCAGAUGGAGUUGUUGGUUUCAUUUCAUGUUUUCCCAGAAUUCAAUAAUCCGUUGGGUUACAUGCGAGCAAGGGCUAAUUGGGUGAUGCACUACUUCAGUGAGAUUCAGUUUAAGGACGAGAAAAAUCUUUUGAAAGCUCUCGAUUUGACGAGAAAAUGUUUGUGUGAAGAGAAGGAACUUCCUGUGAAGGUAGAAGCUGCCAUUGCUUUACAGAUGUUAGUCACUAAUCAAGACAGUGCUAAAGAUCAUUUACAUCCCUACGUUAAAAAUAUCUUACAAGAAUUACUUCAUGUCAUCCGUGAAACGGAAAAUGAUGACUUGACAAAUGUUAUGCAGAAAUUAAUUUGUACUUACGGAGAAGACAUUAUUCCAAUAGCAGUAGAUAUCACGCAGCAUCUUGCAAUGACAUUUAACCAAGUUGUAGACGCGGACGAUCAGUCAGAUGACAAAGCUAUCACAGCAAUGGGAAUACUAAAUACAAUAGAAACAAUAUUAACAGUUAUGGAAGAUGAAAAAGAGAUUAUGAAGCAGUUAGAGGGAAUUGUAUUGAAUGUUAUUGGAACUAUUUUACAGCAAAAUGUCAUUGACUUUUAUGAAGAAGUAUUAUCGUUGAUAUUCAGUUUGACCUGUAGUCACGUCUCUGAACAUCUUUGGCAAGUUUAUUUCAUGAUUUACGACAUGUUCCAAAAAGACGGUUUUGAUUAUUUUCUUGAAAUGAUGCCAGCCUUACACAAUUUUAUUAUCGUUGAUCCUCCUGCUUUUCUUUCGGAUCCCAAAAGAAUUGAAGUAAUUUAUAACAUGUGUAAAAAGAUAUUCCAGAGUGAUGCAGGCGAAGACCCAGAAUGCCAUGCUGCCAAAUUAUUAGAAGUUAUUUUAAUCCAGUACAAAGGUCUCAUAAAUCAGGUUGUUCCGUUGUUUGUCGAGCUCGUUUUAGACCGGCUCACCCGCGAAGUGAAGACGAGUGAACUUCGAACCAUGUGUUUACAGGUCGUCAUAGCGGCACUCUACUACAAUCCGAUUCUACUGUUUGAGGUUUUAGAGAAGAUGCGACUACCAAACUCGGAUCAGUCGAUAACGCAACAGUUCUUGAAGCAGUGGUUGAAUGACACAGAUUGUUUCUUGGGUUUACACGAUCGUAAAAUGUGUGCCUUAGGUCUCUGUACGUUGAUGAGUUUACCCGGCAGACCCGAUACAGUGAGCGUACUCGCAUCUCAGUUCUUACCAUCACUAUUACUCAUAUUUAAAGGACUUAACAGGGCGUACGAAAGCAGAGCACAGGCUGAAGUGGACAGCGAAGAUGAAGACAUCGAUGAUGACGACGACGAUGAGGACUUUGAAGAGGUUUUGGAAAGUGAUGAGGACGAAGUAGACGAGGAUUCUCAGCAGUAUUUGGAUAUGUUAGCAAAGCGGGCUGGUGAAAACUUAGGUGAUGAUGACCUCGAAGGGUUUGAAGAGACUGCUUUAGAAAGCUACAAUACGCCACUUGAUGACGACAACUGCCCAAUUGAUGAGUAUAUGGUAUUUAAAGAGGUCUUACAAGGGUUGCAAGUACAAGACCCAACUUGGUAUAAUGCAUUAACAGGGAAUUUAACUCGAGAACAACAGCAGGAAGUACAAGAAAUUCUUGUGUUAGCCGAUCAAAGAAGAGCCGCUGCAGAAUCGAAGAGGAUACAAGAAGUUGGGGGAUACCAGUUCACCCAAGUGACAGUGCCUCAGACAUUUAACUUCAGUCCACCACCUCCUGCCCCUCAGUAAAUAACCUGCAAACCCGAAAAUUUAUAAUAAUAAUAUUAUAUCUUCCGAAUUCACUUUAUGACUGUACCAUUAUUGACUUUAUAGGGUAGGCAGCUUAUGUAGAGAUGUGCCAUACAUUAAAAAUAUAUAAAGAAAAAUAAAAGUGUGAGUACGGCACAAAUAAAAUAAUUUACAGGCUGUUUUGCAAUGCUUCAGAGAUUUCCUUUUUAACUUUAAAAGUGUUAGAAUUCUCUAAAAGAUCAAAUCAAAUUUGAAUUUAUUUUCC